AAGUUUCGUUGCUGGUGCCGCUGGUGGGUACAGCGGCAAACCGGACUACAGUUUGUCCUGAGUGUUCGGACUCGUCGGGUGUGCGAUUAUCUCGCACUUUGUAUACGAAACGAAAAGUGACAUUCGACGCGGCGCGGCGCGGCGUGUCGCGAGUAAAUUCUCCGUAUUUGACUGAUGCGGAGAAAAGUUGUCAGUGCGAAGUGUAAAAGAAAGAAAAUGACGUCGCACGCGCGAUGAUUCUCAACGUGUUCGCCACGUCCGUCUUGACUCCGUUACGAUUCUCGUUGGUCAUCGGUGUGCCUACGGUGUGAUAGAAUCUAGUGCUGCAAAAUAACAAAAAAGAGAGUUCUGUUGGCUAUUACCCGUAAGUCAUGGGUGAUGUGUACAGGGUAGUUGGUGACCUGCUCGUGGAGGAUACACCCGCGGACAGAAGAAAAAUUGAUCUGACCACGCCACUCGUCACGAUGAAUCACCAGGGCUGUUGGUCGGAUUCGCGGCUACCGAUGCCAGCAUCAAGCAGAAUCAACAGAGAGGCAACAGGGAUGAAAGGAUUUCUUGGAGUGUGUCGAGAAAGGACUCUGUCAGAUGAUAGGAAGCAUCAUAGAUCGUCCAGUCUUCAAUUACAGGUUCUGUCAGAUGAGAUAACGCAUUAUGGUGUGAAAAGGACACUCAGAUCGUCUAGUUUUCAGACCCUGCUCCAACUGCUGGUCCUGGGUGGUCUGUUCGCUCUGGGCGGCGCAGCGAUUUGCCCUAACGGCUGCAUUUGCGACGACGAUAACUUGAUGGUGUCCUGCAUAGGCGCGAAUCUGGACGUCAUUCCCAUAGCGCUGAAUCCCAGCAUCCAGCGAAUAGUGCUGAAAGAGAACCGGAUAAAGAUAGUAGACGCGGCAGCUUUCCAAUUCUACGGGGACCUAAAAAAUGUGGACCUGUCCAGUAACCACCUGUUCACCAUCCCAAACGGCAGCUUCGAUGCCCAGAAACAGCUGGUAGAACUUCAUCUAAGGCAUAACAAGAUCUCUGCGCUAACCGAGAAGACUUUUCAAGGUCUGAGGUCGCUGACAGUGUUGAAUUUAAGGGACAACUAUCUAGAGAGCCUGAAAAAUGGCCUGUUUGCUUCGCUGUCAAAGCUGGAGGAACUCGAUCUGGGAAAGAAUCGGAUAUCCAAAGUGGAGCCUGGGGCGUUUCAGAAGUUGGGCACCCUUAGGGUGCUACACCUUGACGAUAAUCAGCUGAGGACCAUCCCUUCCCCAGCUCUGGCGCCACUGAACUCCCUGGCGGAGCUGCACAUCGGCUGGAACGCCUUUUCAUCCCUCCCUGAUGACGCCUUCAAGGGGUUGGAGCAGUUGACUGUGCUGGACAUCACGGGGGCAGGGUUGGACGACAUCGGUGACAACGCUUUUCGGGGUCUGAACGCUCUGAGGACUCUGGAACUGGAUGGAAAUAAGCUUAGGGAGGUGCCAACUAAGCAGUUAGCAGUGUUACCACGUCUCGAAGAACUGACUCUAGGUCAGAACUUCUUUACGACCCUCAGGUCAGGCGCUUUCCAAGGCCUGUCCAAGCUGAAGAAACUGGACAUAUCAGCAGCUAAGUUGCUAACAAUCGUAGAACGGGGAACUUUCUCGGACAACGCUAACUUGGAGACCCUAGUACUAAACAGUAACAAGAGGUUAGCUACUAUGGAAGAUGGUUCCCUGGCUGGUUUGCCGAACCUGAGACACCUGAUGCUCAGGGACAAUGCAUUCACCGGGUUCUCCGAGUCCCUGGUGGCCUGGAACGAGCUACGCCGAUUGGACCUGAGCGAAAAUCCAUUAGUCUGUGACUGCAGUCUACACUGGCUAGCUGACGUACUAGUUCCAAGGAAUUCCAGCCCAGUGAUUUGCGCGGAGCCUCCAGAAUCCAAGGGCAAACCCCUCAAGGGCAUGACUCAUGAUGAACUAGGCUGCGCCUUCUCAGACCCCAGAAAGCAGGCCCUCCUGGCCACCCUAUGUGCAGCUGGGUUAGCCCUACUCACCGGACUAGCUUUAAUCCUCUACUACAGGUGUCGCAGACGGGUCAGAGAUGCCUUGAAGGACUACAAGUGGAAUAACCGGGCAAUAUCCCGGAAGGAGCAUGAAUACCAAAAGACUUUCUCCGACGACGAGUACAUUGUCAGGUCCGCCCAUCCCCAUCAUCAUCAUCACCACCAGGCGCAAUCCCAGCAGCUGCCAUCUCAUCAUCAUCACCAUCAUCUUCAACAGCAGCAGCUGCAACAGCAACAGCAGCAACAGCAACAGCAGCAGCACUCGCAGAUAUCGGCGAACAUCAAGCCGAUUCCGGUGACGGAACUGUAGCUAGAACUUCGGGCAGCGAGCCCAGGAACCGGCGGCGUAUGGUUUUUGCCCCAUGGCAGCACCACUCUGGCCGAAGGCUUCACCUACAUCGACGGGGAGACGGCGC